AUGAGUCGAGAUGCAGAUGAGCUGCUGCAAACCGAGACGGCUUCUGCCGUUGGCAUCCGUUCCAGCGUAGACCUUCGUCGAGCCAUGAUCGCGCCCAGGAUGCAAUAUCGAAGCCGACCCGUCUCUGUCGCUGUAGACCCAGUGUCUUUGGUCAUGUCCGAGUGCAUAUCGAUCACUUCUGCGAUUCAAAAACAUGCGCGAUCUCCUCAUUCUUCCGUUUCGGCCAUCUUGGGCGGAAGCCCAAACCCGAUUCACCUGGGCCCCCCGACUCCUUCGCCGAGGGGUGCGUCCAAGACGCCAGGUGCUGGACUCGGGAUCGACCGUGCUCAGGACGUGGUUUCCGCCAACAGAUGGGGUCUACGUGGAAAGAAGGGUCGCAGCAUACAGGACAACCCAUUGAUGGCCGGCUUUGGGAAGCUUCGCCAUGAAUUGGCCAGCGUUAGAGAUAUCCAUUCUUUCGAUGCCCUUUUUCUCUUGAACCCGUUCCUUCAAAUCAUCCAAACGAAAGGCACCGCCGCGCCUAUCACCAUUCUCACUCUGGGAGCCCUGCGGAAGUUCUUGGCUUACGGAUUUAUAAGCCCUGCAUCGCCGCGAUUUGCCCUUGCCAUGCAGUCCUUAUCGGCAGCCGUCACUCGAUGCCAAUUCGACGGAAGUGACUCGGGGCAGGUGGAAGUUGUUCUACUGAUGAUUCUCCACCUGAUGGAAGAUAUGAUGUCGGGACCAGGAGGCGACAUUCUGAGCGACGAAAGUGUUUGCGACAUGAUGGGCAGGGGACUAGCAAUAUGCUCACAACCUCGGUUUUCGCCUGUUCUCCGACGAACAGCCGAAGCGUCAAUGGUUCGGAUGUGCCAGAUCAUUUUUGAAGACGUCAAACACCUCGAGGUUGAGGCCGGAGACGAGUCUGAUGCUCUAGACAAGCAGACAAGCGCCGACAUGAAUAGCGUCAAGAUGGAUCCCGCCGCGAAUACUGCACCAGGCCUACAGGUGACGAGCUCUGAACCGGAACCGCGCUUGUCCAUCUCAAGCUCGACACCUCUGGAGCCGAACCCUCGCUCUCAGAGAAGCUCAGAGUCGGGAGACAGCAAAGACGACGGUGGCGCUGGCGGUGAUGUAGAGGCGGAUGGUGACGCCGAUGGCGCGGAGAGUUCCGACUCUUUGGAUCUCCGACCCUACUCGCUACCCUCUGUACGGGAACUUUUCCGGGUUUUGGUCAAUUUUCUAGACCCCAACGACCGGCAGCAUACGGACACCAUGAGAGUAAUGGCCUUGCGCAUUAUCCACGUUGCCCUCGAGGUUUCCGGUCCCUCUAUUGCACGGCACCCUGCUUUGGCCGGGAUAGCCGAGGACAGGCUCUGCUGCUAUCUCUUCCAGCUUGUCAGGUCUGACAACAUGGCCAUCCUACAAGAGUCGUUGAUUGUGGCCGGGACGUUGCUAGCCACUUGCCGCGGUGUGUUGAAAUUGCAGCAGGAGGUGUUCCUCUCAUAUCUCGUAGCAUGCCUUCAUCCGUCGGUAGAAAUACCGCGAGAACCGGGCAUUGACCCAUCACUCUAUGCCGGGAUCCCGCAAUCUCCCAAGCUCGUUAAGCCACCGCCAUCGCAGACCAGCAGCGGGCGAUCGACCCCAGUCCCGGUGAAGGAUCGGCAGAAGCUCGGUCUUGAGGGCGGUGCCAGGAAACCAGACGCGAGACAGGCAAUGGUAGAAAACAUUGGUGUACUGUCAAGAAUGCCAACAUUCAUGGCUGAACUCUUUGUCAACUAUGAUUGCGAUGCGGAUCGAGCGGAUCUAUGCGAAGACAUGAUUGGCCUUCUCUCGAGAAAUGCUUUGCCGGAUUCCGCAACCUGGAGCACCACGAGUGUGCCACCACUUUGCCUAGAUGCGCUACUCAGAUACAUCCAGUUCAUCGCUGAACGGUUGGACGAGGCGCCCCUCGCCGAUGGCUAUCCUGAUGCUACAGAGUUACGAGAGUUGAGACGGAAGAAGAAGAUCAUUAUCAAGGGUACCAGCAAAUUCAACGAGAACCCCAAGGGUGGUCUUGCAUAUCUUGAGGCCCAAGGAAUCAUUUCCGACCUCAAGGACCCAGUUUCGGUCGCAAGGUUCUUGAAGGGAACAUCGCGGGUGUCCAAAAAGGUCCUCGGCGAGUAUCUUUCUAAGAAGGGAAACGAGGCCGUUUUGGAGGCAUUUAUGAGCCACUUCGACUUUUCAGAGAAGCGGGUAGACGAGGCGCUCAGAGGGCUAUUGGAGACAUUCAGGUUGCCAGGAGAGUCGGCGUUGAUUGAGAGAAUCGUUGUGUGUUUCGCAGACAAGUACUGCUUAAAGGCAAAACCUACAGAGGUUGCCAACGCAGAUGCUGUCUACGUCCUGACGUACGCCAUCAUCAUGCUGAACACGGACCAGCACAACCCCAACCUCAAGAGUCAAAAACGUAUGACGGUGGAUGACUUUGCACGAAACCUGAGAGGAGUCAAUGACGGCCAAAACUUUGCACCAGAGUAUCUUCAGGAUAUCUUUGACAACAUCAGGACCAACGAGAUUAUCCUGCCUGACGAGCAUGACAACAAACAUGCUUUCGACUAUGCUUGGCGCGAGUUGCUCGUCAAGUCGGAAUCGGUGCGUCCGCUGGUUUUGUGCGAGACCAACAUAUACGAUGCCGACAUGUUCGCUUCAACCUGGCGACCUAUUGUGUCCACCCUUUCAUACGUAUUCAUGUCCGCUACCGACGAUGCGGUCUUUGCGAGAAUCGUCACCGGCUUCGAUGAAUGCGCACGCAUAGCGGCGAAGUAUAAGAACACGGAAGCUCUUGAUCAAAUUAUCUACGCUCUCAGUCACAUGACUACGUUGGCCACUGAUAUACCCUUCAACACGAACCUGAACACGGAGGUUCAAGCUGGCGAAAGCAGCGUCAUGAUCACCCGCAUCUGGCUCAACCUCUUCGUCAACUCCCUGGUUCCCCCCUUCUUCGCUGAUUCUCCAGUCCUCGACAUUGGCGCGAUCCCGCUACACACACCAUCUCAAGUGAUUGACCGUGCGGCAAAGACGAUUGAAACAGGCUUCUUUUCUGCAUUUACUAGCUACAUUUCCAGCUAUGCGGCAGACGAUCCACCAGAACCCUCGGACGAAGAACUGGAAAGCACUCUCUGUACCGUCGACUGUGUAAACUCUUGUCACAUGGGCAAUGUCUUUGCCAAUAUCUCAAAACUCCCCCCCCAUGAGCUGGAGCCGUUGAUUGACUCCCUCCUCAACGCACUGCCUGAAGACAACAACCCAACGGUCAUAGUUGUUAAGUCAGAAAACUUGCCGGCAUCAGCAACGAAUGGACAAAAGCCAGUGCAACCUGGGGCUGUGUAUGACCCUGCCAUGGCCUAUAUCCUUGAGUUCAGCACCGUGCUGGCUCUUCGUGACCAGGGCACAGUCCAACUUGUGGCUAAAAGAGUUAUCGAAGCACUGCAGGCCGUGCUGCGAGAUGCCGGACGAUACCACUACAUUGUCGUCUCAAGGGCGACCUUCUAUCUUCUCAAGCUCUUACGAGUCAGCUAUGCUUUUGACUUCAUCAACGUCCCGGUAUUGCUGCAUACAAUGUCGAGCUUUCCAAAGGAAGCACUUGCAAGGACUUCGGCCAUGGUGCUUCAUGGUCUGAGACUCUGCAUAGACGAACCCAGCCCACUACGUAAUGAGAUCAUGACUUCUCCGGAUUUCUGGGCCAUAAUGCGAGCACUCACCGGGCGUCCAGAUUCUGCGCCUCUCGUGUUUGACAUCCUUGAGCUAGGCUGCGGAGGCGAACCACCUGCUAUCAUUGCAGACAACUACGAGGCGGCCAUCUCUCUCCUCGGCGACUUCGCUUCGGGAGCAGGCCGGGUCGUCCUCGCAGAACGCAAACUGGACGCUCAGCAGCGUAAAGCUCGGGAGGGAACGCACGACAAAACCAAUGUCAAUGAGGCUAUUUCACGAGGUACGAAGGCGGUCAACAGCAUUUACAAUAUGACAGCGCGUAUACCAUUCUUGAUGAAGCAGUCCCAUCUUGAGAGCAACGAAGCAUGGUCCGCUUACUGGCUGCCCAUAUUCCAGGCACUCACGACCCAAUGCACAAACCCAUGUCGAGACGUUCGCCUUCAGGCGUUCACGUCGCUGCAGCGAUCUCUACUAUCGCCCGAGCUCACUGACAGCGACCACAAGGAGUGGACAGCCAUCUUCGGGGAGGUUCUGUUUCCUCUAAUUCAUAAGCUUUUGAAGCCUGAAGUCUUUUCGUCAGACCGUGACGGCAUGAGCGAGAUGCGUGUACAAGCCGCGUCUCUACUGUGCAAAGUAUUCCUCCAAUACCUCGUCCUCCUCUCGAAGUGGGACGGAAUGUUGGACCUGUGGGUCAAGAUCAUUGACAUCAUGGAUCGAUUGAUGAACAGUGGUCAAGGCGACAGCCUGGAAGAGGCAGUUCGCGAGAAUCUCAAAAACGUGGUUCUUUUCAUGGCAAGUAGCGGCUUCCUAGUGUCUCCCAGGCAAGACGAUUCAAAAGAAAAGCUAUGGAACGAGACUUGGAAACGCAUCGACCGGUUCCUACCAGAAUUGAAGAGCGACCUGGCUUUGGAAGAACCCAGCGGCGGGGAGGAGCCAGCACCAGCGGUGGGGGCGAGUGCCUAA